AUGUUUGUUCGUGUAACAUGUAACAGAACAGCACUGCAGCUUUCAAAGUUCGUGAAUCAGCGAAGAUUUCUAAGUGUUUUUUAGCUCCUUUAAAAGUUUUCGUAUGUUUUAAGUGUUUUAAUCUUUCUGGUCCUACGUCCUAUUCUUGUAGUUGGUUACUAUUCUGUAUUUUUAUCUUCCUAUUUUGUAAUAUCAGAAGGCAUUUCGCUGUGCAUUCACCUUCAUGGGGGAUUGUUGAUUUUUUGAUUUUUUUUUUAAUAUGCUACUUUCUAUCGAGAUGAACUUUGUUAGACUGAAAAAUUCCUCUGAAAAUUCUUAUUUGAUAAAAUUUAGGACUAUGAAAUUACCAUAAUGAUCAUCUUUAGUCAAGAAAUGUUCCUGGACAGUGAUUUAUACUCAUUUUGCGGAACCUGAUUCCGUCUCUUAUUCCUGUUGGCUUUAAAGGAUAAAAUGGGUUCUAGAUAUCGAGAAAACGUAAGGAAUGUUUUCGAAUGUUUCUGCGAGAUUGUUUGUCCGAAAGGUGAUCAUGAACCUGCCUGGAUCUUGCAGAAGUUCCCAGAGUCCUACAAAGAUGAAGAAGUCCUCAGAGUUGUUCCUAAGUUCGCGUUUCCUUGUGAAUUCGAUAAUUCCGUUGUUCAGCAUUACUCGUUUGUGCUGACAAGUGCUGACUCCAAAUGGAUGUUUGGAUUCUGCCGGCACAAUCCAAAAUCAGACACUUCAUUUGUGGUUCUAAGUUACCUGCCAUGGCAUGAACAAUUCUACAAGUUUUUGAACUUCGUUUCGGACCUGACUCGUAGCAUCAAUUCGGAUGAGCUAUGGUCAUUCUUAAACUCAGUUUAUCGAAAUCCGCCCCCAGACUUUGGUCAUCCGCUUCAAGUUUCGCUCAAAGAUGGAGUAACUCAUUUUGUGUGUACAGCUCCGGCUCAGUUUCAGCUUCCUCGCAUCCCAGAGAAUCGAAACCUGACAGAAUAUUACAAUGCAGUCGACACGCACAAUAUGAUGAUAAUUUUUGCUUCAAUGCUCUACGAAAGAAGAAUAAUUUUUGUGUCCAAGAAGCUGUACAGAUUAAGCGCUUGUGUUCAAUCAGCAAAUGGUAUCAUCUAUCCGAUGAAUUGGCAGCAUAUCUUCAUUCCAGUUCUUCCUAAACACUUAAUAGACUAUUUACUUGCACCAAUGCCUUAUCUGAUUGGCCUGCCGGAAUCAUUGUUACCGAAUGUACGGAGAAAUGACUUGGGUGAAGUGGUCAUCUUGAAUGCUGAUACAAAUACUGUCGAAACUCCAUUUGAUGAUCUAGAAAGUUUACCGCAAGAUGUCGUAAAUCGGCUAAGACGUCAAUUGAAAAACCGUGCUGUACUUCUGGGAGACGGAGUGUCCAGGGCAUUCCUGCAAGCAUUAGUUCAACUAAUCGGCGGGUACAGAGAUGGACUGCGUUUUCAGCAAGGACAGGAGAUCACCUUCAACCCUGAAGCAUUUAUCAAUUCUCGACCUGCUUCCAUGCAACCAUUCCUGCGAAAGAUGCUUCACCUACAGAUUUUUCAACAGUUCAUUGAAGAACGGUUAGAGCUGCUAAAUGCUGGUCUCGGUUUCUCAGAUGAGUUUGAGAUGGAAGCGUGCAGCUAUAUGGACAAAACUAGCUCUAAACUGAAACAGCAAUACAAAGAAUGGACCUUCACUAUCAAACGAGACAGCACAGCGUUCCUGAGGAGUGUCAAAAACCGGGCCAACCCAGCUGUUAAGUCCGCUGUUAAAUCUGUGAAAGAACGAGGAAGGAAUGUGAAAACCGCUUACAGGGGAAUUCGCUCAAAAUUAAGGGAUCCAUCUCCAGUCCAGCACCCAGAACCUCGUUCAGCACCCGGCUCUCCGACUGAAUCCUCCCGUGUCCCAGUUCCUACCACUUACAAACGAGAAAGACACAGCACUGGAAUCAGCGAUACUAAUUACACCAAAUUGACAUCACCAACUGAAUUAGAUGACAAUUCCCAGUAUCCUCCGUUGGAUCUGAACAUAAAUUUGAUGGAUGAUCUGCAAGACGUAAUUUUCAAUCGAGGCAUUUCUUCAUCUAAGUUGGUGCGGAGUUUAGAAAACCUCUCCUUAUCAAAUCAAACAACUGCAGACAAGGAUAAAAAAGAACCGGCGUCUAGCACAAAUUCUACAUGGUACACCUCUGAUGAUGUCUUUCUUGCCUCGCCACCUACUUUGCCUCCAAGGAAAAAUCAGCCUCCAAAGUUACCUGCCGUUGAAGAAGCAAAUCUCAUCCAGCUGAACUCGACUUCCUCAAUGGAUGACUUUGACCCUCUGCUCUCUGGAAAAUCACUCCUGUCCUCCGACUCAGAAACGGCCACCGAACCCAAAAUAGUCGGACUUAUCAACCCCUUGUACCCGUACUUCACACCAAAGAACCAGGAGAAAAAGGACAAUGAGCUCCUCAGUGAAUAUGGUAUCAAUUUCAAUUCCUUCCAACUCCAUUCUGGUUCCUUAAACGCUGCUCCAAGCAGCUCGUCAGAAAAUUCUCAAAAUUUCUCGAAGCCGCCCAGUAUAGGUGGCUCAUCCAAUUUUGAAAGCCAAGGGACGCAUUCAAAAAUGACUUUUGAUUGGACCACAUUCGACUAACAACCGGUUUUUUAGUUACUCUCUCUAUUGCACAGAUAUGAACGCACAUAAUUAUAGAAUACUGAUUUCUCAUCAAAAGAAACGUUUCAAUAGAGACAUCCAGUCAAUUCUUAUCCUGUCUUGUGAUCCGUCGCAUCCAUUGAAUUUAGAUAUUAACACAAUUUAAGUUUUUUCAAACCUUCCUUCCACCAUCAACUAUGUACAAUAAAAAAAAAAUGUGGUGUUAUUCGUCCUUUCUCCCCUUCAGGUAAAAAUACUCAUAUCUUUUGAGAUUUUUAAGCAUCAAGUUGUUUUGGUGAGACAGUUAGAGGAGAAUCCCUGGUUUUAAAGUGCAAUAUUGGCUCUACCAAAAAGUUGUCGGAUUGGUCUCAUUCACAGUCAAUCGAUUUCCAGCAAUGCAUUAAAAAUGUUUGGCUUUUCAUUAGCAGUAUUUCAAUAUCACUGAUGAACAAUAAGGAAGGAGAUAUCUCUUUUUAGUAACUUUAAGUGUUUAGAUAGAGCAUCAAUUUUGCAGAUGCUGGCCAUUCACAUUUUUUUAAUCGUGAACAAAUCAUGGCAUACACUGUAAAUUUCACUUUUUUCUUGCUGGAGACGCAAACCAACUUGGUGGAAAAACUGUAAUAGCCUGGUAAAACAUUCGUAGCUUUUUAUCACCAAGUUAUCUAAACUACCAUUAGUGUAAACGUUGAUUGAUUAGGAACUUGUAUGUAUCUCUAAUGAUCAGGAGACAUCAAUUGAGAUGAUGUGGGUAAAUUGCCUUUUUUACUGGGCCUGCCGGGUUUCUUAUGUUUAUCAUUGUAUUGCAUCCUAAUAUUUUCAUAUUUAAUCUGUUUAAAUCUAUUUCUGUGAGAUGUGUAUGUGCAAUCAAUUGUUUUAUCAAGUUGCGCCCGAGUAAUUAUUGCGCAGAAUCUGGAAAAGAUAUUGAAGGGAAAAAAUUAAAAAUUAGGCAGGCAGAAAGUCACCGUUUUGUCUAUUGGUUCGAGCAGUCAGUUUUAAAGGAGUCCGUAUUAGUUCCUCAUAUCAUUGCCGCAAUCGCUUGGUUGGACAGCUCCAGUAAAGGCAAGGCUUGCCAGAAAACCAGCUAGUUUCCAAUCCUGAGCUAUUUUUUGCCAAAUUUUGGGAAACCAAGUGAAAAUAAUUCCGUAUUGAAUCUUUGCAAUAACUAGUGUAAUGUAUGUGUAUUUGAAGGGAGGUUUUAUUGUGAAAUUUACAUUAAGUAUGAAAAUUUAGGUUUCCCCUAAAUAUUUUAAGAACUGAAAAGUUUUUGUGUUCCAAGAGGCUAAUGCAAUUACCCUAGUCUUUGAUAUGUGGCGUUCCUCUCUAAGCCUUUAAAUGUGUAUCCAUGUUGAAGACUGCAAAUUAUAAUGUGAAACUUAUCACACUUUCAAGGGAUGCAUUGCAAUGUUGUCGUGAAGCAGAGAAUUAUGCACUUUUCUCUCUAAGACACAAUGUAAAGCUAAUGAGAUUUUACCUGAGAUGUUGCUGUAUGAAUUGUUGUCCAAAGUUUCUUCAACAGAAAUUUUUAAGAUUAAUUUUACAGAGUUAUCCGGAAGUCCUGCACCACCCUAAUAAUCCCGAAGACCCUUGUCACCUUUUAGAGAGGUCCCCUCCAAAUUUUGAAGGGAUCCUAAAAGUCGCAUUCAGGGCAUCUACUGUACGGAAAAAGUACGGAUUUAGGAAGGUCAGUACGGAAACAGAGAGAAGGUACGGAUCUUCGGUGAUUAGGUACGGAAAUUCGAGAUUUUUGUGACAAACUUUAGAAAGUAGCCUUGGGAGUAUGCGAUUUCCUCACAUAAUCCAUUUAUCAACAUCCCGGUUCGAUUCAUCGUGUUUUCUGGUUUAUUCCUUUGUCAUUCUACCAUUCCUCUUUUCCAAUUCAAAUAUAGUUAAAAAUGCGUGCGAAGUAAGGAAAAGGUAUUGAAAAAGCAAAGAUUUUUGAGAAUCGCCAAAAAAGGAAUUUUCUAGCAAGUAAGGAAAUAGCAAGGAAUACGAAUGACAGGUUACCAGUAGACACCCUGUGUUUCCAUCGGCGCAAGAGCACUCACAAAAUUUCAAAUCUCAAUCUCAAUUUGUUAAAAAAUUACAGAGGUGUUGCGUAGUUCAGGUGGUGUGGGACUUGCGGAUCAUUCUUUAUGAAGGAGAAUAGGACGUUCAUUGAAAACUCAGAAUGGCAGAAUGACUGAAUGAUGAUGCUUUUUCUGUUAAUUGCAUUGUAAAUUUUUUCCAGCGAAUUUCAGCCUUUUCUAUUUCCCUCAUUGAUAUGUAUUCUUUUUUCACUGAUAAUGCUCAAAAGUUGAAGGAGGUCAUUUUAUUAAUGCAAAAGAAUAGUUGGCCUCCGCUUUUAAAGAGGAGCAAGGUGCCGCUAGGCUUUGUAAGAAUCUCGGAACAUUAGGUACCUCUCUUGUGAUGAAAAACUGCUCUGUAAGGAGAGAUGUUUAAGGUCCCGCAAAAUUAUUUUUUCCUGUGAUAUAAGAAAGAGUAGUUGUGUAUAUAUCCUUCCUCUGAUGCAACAUGGGUAAAGAGUAAGUGAAUUAGGUAGUAUGCAUACAGUGUAAUGCACUAUGUUCUCAGAAAGUUAUUUCUUUGCUUGGCUGUCUUUCGGCCAAUAUCUGUCCAUCAUCAGUAAAAUCAAGAAUACGAAAAAAAUAAAGUCAAAUUUUUUUCUAAAAUUUAUCUCUGUGCAUUUUGUAGGUAUGAGCACUCUUAUAAAAACACAACAAUGAGAAUUUAAAUGUCAGUGAUGCAGCACAAUUUAAAGAUAGGACUUGAAUUAGAGUGAAAACACAGGUAACUAAACAUACAUAUAUUUGAAAGAAGAUUUGCACUGGCUAAGAAUUGGAUACCAGAUACCACCCAUCAAACAAGAAACGUCGAUGGGAGAUCAGAAUGCACUCAAGUAAACUAAUAGCUUUUCGAAAACAUUUGGUAGCCAGGUGUGCGCCCUACCGGAUUCUCUUACCUUUAAUCACAUGCAAAUUCGAUUUAACAGUUACAGAAUAAGUGGUUUAAUAUUGUUAUGUAUUGAAUAUGUCUAACUUGUCUAUAAAGACCUGAAAAUUACUUUUUCCUCGUAUUUAUAAGCAUAUGUUUCUAACGUUGCUUAAAAUUCUUCAGAUUAAAAAAAGGUCAACUUAAAAAAAAAUGGUUAUAAAUUUUACGUUCUUGGUUACGCUGUUUCAGAAUCUCUGUGGCUAAUUUAUAAUUUAGAAAGGAGACCCAUGGGUAAUUUUUCUGAAAUUUCUGGUUGGAUCUUUAUAAAACCAUUUAGAGUAUUCAGUUUAAGUAUCAAUGAAAUAUUUACCUUUGAUUUUCUCAUAAUAGAUGAAAUGUUAGCAGAGAUUCUGAGUCAGUGCUAUUGAGACGUGCCGUCUCUGUUGUUUCAAUUACAUCAAAUCAGAUUUGUUUCCUACCCACAUGGUUAAAACUAGUUUUAGGUCCAAAAUUUGUUGGCCAGUCAACGCGUGGCUAAAAGUUGCUGCAAGAAUGCCGACUUUCUUACUUGAUCUCUGAUUAGUGGUUAGAACUUUUAAGAAAUUAAGAAUGCCUCUUGCCUGCUGUGAACAAAGCUCUACUUGCAUACAGCUUGAGCUUAAGAUAUAAUUUUUACGAUUUAUAGUCGAAUUUAGAGGUUAGGUUUCGCAACUAGCGGUUGACCCUAAACCAUCAAGUUUUAGGCCACUGUAUCCGUGAAUUUACUCACUCUUGUAAAUCCCCAUCUGGUAUCAAAUGUCAGAAAAAAUAAUGUGAAAACUACUUUAAAUUUUUUUGUCUUUUGAACUGUGUAUUUUCUUUCUAAAUAUUGAGAUUUUCCUCGUUUUUCAGAUGAUAUCGUAAAUGAGGAAUCACGUAAUUUUCAGAUCAUUAGUUAAUUUACUAUCCUUUGCUUUGUUUGUAAACUCAUAGUCUCUGAUUUAAUCGCCUCUAGUUUGUUAUUUUUUCAAUUAUUCUUGAGAUUUUUAUUUCAGUUCUUAGUCAAUUUUGUUUUUCCCCCUCUUAACCAUCUAAAUAGAAGAGACCUUUAUCUUUUAGGAGAGUGGUGUGAUUCUAGUCCCCCCUUUUGUUUUUACUAUCUUCAGAACUAUAUAUGCCCCUUUUUUUGGUUGGGUUAGAAGUUUCGAAAAUUUAUCUAUGCUGUCAAUGAAAAAUCCAGCCGAUACUAUUCAUAUUUUGGUCAUUCAUGUGUUAAUUGUCCAUGGUGAAUGAUGUCAUCUUCUGCCUUUUGAAAAGGAUCAAUUUCCGCUACUUUUUGAACAACAAUAUUUUGUGUUUAAACCAAUUUUUCUUAUUUUUUUCUUCCAUUCUAUUAGUGUCAACUAUUAAAACAUGAUUAACACCUACAAUGGCUCAUUACCAAUAUUUCAACUUGCAUCGCGUAUAGUGACGAAAAAAAUUGAUAAAAAUCGCAUGCAGAAAAAUUCCCAGCAUAAAUUUUCUGGAAAAUUUCUCUCAAGAGUUGUUGGACUUUUUCAAGUUAACCCCAAACAAGUUUUGAAUAGCGUAGAAGAUCAUUUCCGAAAUCGCCAUCUUACUUGCAAUAUAAUUUUAUCCUUUUUUUAUACUUUUAUCUCUCAUUCCGACUUGAAGUCUUUAACUUAUUUUGUCUCUAUCACUAGUUUCUUAGUACCGAAGAAGAACUUUAAUAGCUUUAAUGAGUUUACUUAAACUUUAAACUUUGAAAUAUGUUUUAAACUUUUUUUUAAUUAUUGCAACUAAAGUGUGAAGUUUAAAAAUGAUCCCUCUUUAAAAUGAUACCUUGUACUCCUGUAUCAAAGAUGGACACAUUGUUGUAAGUAACAGUAUAGAUGCAAGAGUUUGAAUCACCGCACUUGAAGGGUUUGCAAUUUUUGUUUUCAAUUCAUUUGAUUUUGAUCUAAUCAUUAUGAUGCUCUUCUCUCAUUGUAGCUAUAACAUCUGUGUUAUCCAGAGAUCUUCUCAAAAAAGGCAGUAUUUUUUUAAAUUAAUAUUAUACCUUCCAAUCCUAAUUUAUUGUAUUGACUGAUUUAACAUGUAAGAGAAGACUUAUUUUUAUUGCAAUCUAAAUCACAUCUACAUGUAUCACCGUAUUGAAGAGAUUAUCGUAGAACACUGUUUUAGUUUUUAGCUAUCUCUCAAAUCAAAAUGUAACGCAACGAAAUCAUAUUUCUUCGAUGAAAACACUCAUGUGGCCUUGUUCAUUAUUAAAAAAAUACAAAAACGGUGAGUCGCACUGUUUCAAUCUACAAUUUCUCUUUGCAGAAUAAUUGUCCCGUUCCUCGACUUGACAUUUUAAAAAAUUUCACCUGGAAAACUUGUAAAAGACAGGAGAUAUAACCCAGGAAAAAUCGAAAAAACCACGAUGAGUCGAAAAUACAUAUAAUUACAUAUACAUGUAUGCAUGAAUCUGAACGGUAUGCAUGUUCGUAAUCUACGAUCCAUAAUGAUCGAUGCCAAUUACAUGGUCUUUGAUCAAGGCGUGACAUCAGGGGAGAAUGCAAUAGUGUAUUUCCUUGGAAAAAUACGCUAAAAGUAAAUAAUUUUUCCAUCCGUAGCACAUCAGUGUUGUUUGUGUUCUGAAUGAGAAGAAAUGUUUGUCACUCUCUCCAUAAUUUUUAAACUUCUUGUUAUGUUUACUCCUUGUAACUAUUUUAUCAAAGCUAUUUAUUUUGUUUGUUAAUUAUUUGCAUAAUCUCUUCCAAAAAGUCUUGAAAAUCAUCUUGUGAGACUCUUAUAAUUUUUGAAAUAUAUUUUUUAAUAUAUUUAUUUCAAA